AUGUCAAAGUCACUCAAUUUGUUAGUAAACGUACACGAAAGCGAUGAGAAUAUUUCUAAACAUAAUUGUUAUUUAGUAAAUGGAAAUUAUGAGUAUUACCAUUAUUUAUGUGAUGGAUUUGAUGACAGGGGUUGGGGUUGUGGCUACAGAACUUUGCAAACAAUAUGUUCCUGGAUGAAACACAAUAUUAAUAAAGAUGUUUCAGUGCCAACGAUCAGGGAAAUACAAAAAAUACUAGUUGAUUUAGAGGAUAAACCUAAGUCCUUUCAUGGUUCAAGACAGUGGAUUGGUAGUUUUGAAGUAUGUCUCGUUAUAGAUAAGUUAUAUGUCAUUCCAUGUAAAAUUCUACACGUGAACAAAGGAGAAGGUCUAGAUAACAUAGUUGAUGCGCUAAAAACCCAUUUUAUAAAAUAUGGGUCUCCUGUUAUGAUGGGUGGUGAUGUGGAUUGCUCUUCCAAAGGGAUCAUGGGAAUACAUGAUGAUGGAGCUAACUCAAGUUUGUUGGUUGUUGAUCCACACUAUGUGGGCUCAGAGAAAACAAAAGAAUUCCUUCAAAAUAAAGGCUGGGUGAAAUGGCAGCCGCUCAAAGAUUUUCUAAGUUCAUCUUUUUAUAAUCUAUGUUUACCGCAAGUUAAAUCUAAAUGUGUGAAAUAAAUUAUUUAAAUA